CGGACUGACAACUCAUGGGGCCCCCGGGCAAUAGGGGAUCAUGGGGCCCCUGUGUCCUUGCCCAAACUCAAAAAAGCCCUGGUAAAAGCCAAGAGCAUUCAUGGGGCCCCCCUACUGACCCCGGGCCCAUUUUUGCGGUGCCCGAGUUUCCAAAUGUGGUCAGUCCGCCCCUGGUCACAGCUUGUCACAUGGUACAAGACUGUUGUGAAUAGCCUUGUACCAUGUGACCUCUGUGAUCAUUCACAGAUUUCACAGGUAGUAAGGAAUGAUGUCAUGAAGUGACUU